UAGUAUUUGUAUGGUGUAAUCAUUUCAAGAUAGAGAGAGAAAGGAGUAUCAGAAACGAACUCGUGAUUGCAGAAUUAGAGAGGAGAGACUGAAUUUACAGAAGAAUUUACCCUUUUUUCUUUUCUCGUGAUAUCUCUGCCUACUCAUAAUUAAUUAUACCUACGCCACGUUGUUUCUUUAGACCUAGACACUGCCAACUAAAAAACAGCUCUUUUCAAAGGCCAAUACAUUAUUCUCCUGUUGAAGUUGCAUAAGGAAACUUUGCUUUAAGUUUUACUUACAACUUCAGGUGAAAAUUAAACUGUAGGAUAUAUAGAGGAGUCUUAUGCAUAAAUAUAGAGGUGUUGGAAGUGGAAGAAAGAAUUUAUAGGAAAAUAUAUAAUGGGAAACUGUGAAAGGAAUAAUGGUGGAGUGAGGCAAUAUAGAAGAUCAAAAGUUCCUCGUUUGAGAUGGACACCUCAUCUUCAUCAAUGUUUUCUUCUUGCUAUUCAAAAACUUGGAGGCCACGACAAAGCUACACCUAAGCUUGUACUUCAGAUGAUGGAUGUGAGAGGACUUACAAUAUCUCAUGUCAAAAGUCAUCUCCAGAUGUAUAGAAGCAUGAAGAGUGAUGUCAACUGGCAAGCAGGAGGAGAAAGAAGCAAAGGAAAAGAGUGGGUAGAAGAUGAUCAUUCUCAUCAUCAACAAGAAGAAGUAUACCAUUCAUGUUGUAACCCCACCAUUGAAACAUCAGAAUCUCCAUUCCCAAUUUACAAUCCUCUGCCCACUAAAAGGGACAGACUACGUGAAGCAGUAGCCAAUUAUCCGUAUAGUGGUGAUGAUUACAUGCAGACUAGUAUUAAUUAUACUAAGAAAAGUGGGGUAAAUAAUGCUGAGAAGAAAGGAAUUACUGGUUUCAGAUGGCAACAGAUUUGUGAUACACAAAGAGAAGCAGUAGAUCACCUGUCCCAUACGGCCUCUUUCUCACUCCAUUUUUUUCAGACUUCUAAUGCUGCGUUUCAACAAUCUCAAGAUUUUAAGUUGUCCAUGCAAGAGGAUGAGAACUGGAAAUCAUCAAAGAAGCGUAAAUUUGAAAGCUUGAGGAAUGGAGAAGAAGAAGAAGAUAGUUGUAGAUUGUCAUUGUCUCUCUCAUUGCACCAUCCUUGUGCUCAAAGAAGCACUACUUCAGCUUCUACAAAUGAGGCAAUCUCUUCAUACUCAGACUGUAACUACUGGAAUUCUUCCUCAGAAAAGCAUAGUCUCAAUCUUGACCUAUCUAUUGCCUUGUCGUGAGUGAAUGAGACUAAUUACAUGCAGAAUCCUCUUUCUCGAUUAUUAAAGUAUUAACUCUAAUUAGUUGGUUA